AUUUUCUCACACCACUGGAGGAGUGGGAGGUGACACAGUCCUGCAGCAGAUGCUGGAAACCAGGAUGGGUGGGGGGCAACCCUGAAUGGCACUCAGCUUGCACGUAUUGAAUCCUGCCUCGCUUACCAACCAGGCUGCUGUGAUCCAAACAGCAAAACUGCUCUUGAUUGAAGCACUUUGUCUUGCUGAUACUCUAAAUAGGGUGAGGUGGUGGGGCAAACUCCCUUCCCUAAGAGCUGCGUCUCGGGUUGGCUUCCACCAGGUCUGUAAAUGGAAUUACGAGUGGGCUGCCCUCCCCAACGGCGAGGAGGGCCGUGGGCUGGGCAGCUCUCCCGGCACGCCUGCUAGGCAAGAUUUCAUGGCCUUGCUAGCCGAAGCUACCACAGCCUCUUGGAGCACAGGCCCUGCUGUCGCAGCUCGAAAACAGCUUCCCAGGUGCGCAGCCUGUGGCUGGCCUCCCCGGUCACGGCUGGCUAGUCCCCCGCCGCCCGGAGGAGGCGCUCCCCGCGCCGCACGGCAGGCAGGGGCAAGCAGCCGGGGCAGGCGGCAGCGGCUCUCCGGCGCCCCACAACGCGGCAGGACUCGGCCGGCCGCGGCCUCCCCGGGCAUAGGUCUGCCGGGAGAGGAGCGUGGCGAAAGCUUGCCACGUCGCCUGUUUCCUUUCAUCGCGGCAGGAUGCGCUCUGAGGCAGCGCCGCAUCCGGGCGACCUGGAGAGAUUCGACAGUGCCGGCAAGGGUCGGGGUCUGAGGGCGCGCCGGCGCUACGCCGUGGGGGAGCUGCUCUUUAGCUGCCCGGCCUACGCCUCCGUGCUGACCGUCAGCGAACGCGGCAGCCACUGCGACGGCUGCUUCGCCAGGAAAGAAGACUUGUCCAAGUGUGGAAGAUGUAAGCAGGCCUUUUACUGCAAUGUGGAAUGUCAGAGGGAAGACUGGCCAAUGCACAAGCUGGAGUGCUCUGCCAUGUGCACUUUUGGGCAGAGCUGGAACCCCUCGGAGACUGUGAGGCUAACAGCAAGGAUCCUUGCCAAACAGAAAACUAACCCUGAAAGAACACAAUCAGAGAAGCUGCUUGCUGUAAAAGAGUUUGAAUCACACCUUGACAAACUAGACAAUGAAAAGAGAGAGCUGAUUCAGAACGACAUUGCUGCCCUUCAUCAUUUUUACUCAAAGCACUUGGAGUGCCCUGACAAUGAUGCCCUUGUAGUUCUCUUUGCACAAGUUAACUGUAAUGGCUUCACAAUUGAAGAUGAAGAGCUCUCUCAUUUGGGAUCAGCCAUAUUUCCUGAUGUUGCAUUGAUGAACCAUAGCUGUUGUCCAAAUGUGAUUGUAACUUACAAGGGGACGUUGGCUGAGGUCAGAGCUGUUAAAGAGAUUGAGCCUGGAGAAGAGGUUUUUACCAGCUACAUUGACCUGUUGUAUCCCACUGAAGACAGAAAUGACCGGUUAAGAGACUCCUAUUUUUUCAACUGUGACUGCAGAGAGUGCAUUGCAAAAGAUAAGGAUAAAGAGAAACUGGAAAUCCGCAAGCUGACUGUUCCCCCAUCAGCACAGACAGUAUGGGACAUGAUCAAAUAUGCCAGAAACGUGAUUGAGGAGUUCAGGCGAGCCAAGCAGUACAAAUCUCCUAGUGAAUUACUGGAGAUCUGUGAACUCAGCCUGGACAAGAUGGGUGCGUUGUUUGAAGACAGCAAUGUUUAUAUGUUACAUAUGAUGUACCAGGCCAUGGGUGUGUGUCUCUAUGUGCAGGACUGGGAAGGUGCACUACGUUAUGGGCAAAAAAUUAUCAGACCAUACAGUAAACAUUAUCCCUCCUACUCACUGAACGUUGCCUCCAUGUGGCUGAAGUUAGGGAGACUGUAUAUGACGCUGGAGAACAGACCGGCUGGAGUUAAAGCCCUGAAGAGGGCAAUUGCUAUCAUGGAAGUAGCACACGGGAAAGAUCAUCCAUACAUUUCAGAGAUCAAACAGGAAUUAGAGGACCACUGAGCCUUUGAAUCUAUGCAAUCCUUCAAACCUUUAUUUAAAAAGCCUUCUUACGGAAACCUUCGGGAGCGCUUUGAAAAGCGGUAGAGUAUGAACACAGUUCUCUCCUAUAAUUGGAAUGACAAACACACUUAGGCCUUGCAAAAUGUCCCUAGCUUCUACACAGCUACAAUUGCCAUUUUUCUUUCUUCUUCUUUUUAAGGAAGCAUCCAUGGUCUCUUAAAGAUUAUGCCUUUUGACAGCUCACCUGCAAAAAUGGCCAUUUUUUCUUUAUGGAUUUGAACGUGUAUUUGGGUAAAGUAAAAUAAACACUUAGCUGGGUAGAGCAGUUCUGUGAUGUCCACCCUCACUUAGAUCACUUCAUUUGAUUUGACAAAUGAGCAAAAGCUGUACUUCUUGUGUUGUAGGAUGCAGUUCCUCUUUUCACAAGUCCUUUUUUGUUUGCAGUCAUUUAAGAGAGAGGGGAAAUGAAGGUGAUGGAUUCUGCACAUUGUGCACUACCACCACCACUGUUCCCCCAGCCAGGUCAUCUGCAGGUCCAUCACUGCUACUGGCAGGUGGGAAUUCAUCACUGCAAGGACCUGGAGCUCAGCAUGUCUUGUUCAGAGAAUGCUGGCACCUAGCUCAGGCUCAAAGGCUUGCAUAAGGUGUGAAUUGUGCAGCUUCUGGCUCUUUAACCCCCUUCACUAGUUAGAAUGGAUUUGUUGCAGAGGAGAGCUACCUUUGCUUCCAGUGGAUUAAAACUGUUCUGUUAAUACAUUAGCAAUUAAUUUUAGUAGAGAAAUAAGAACCUUUUUUUGAGGAGAGAAUCCAGGACUUGGCUUUCUCUGCCCAUAUGCAAGACUGAAGAAUUGUUUUUUCUCUCCAUUUAGAUCAAUUGCAGGAGACUGCUUGUUAGGAUAGAGGAGGAAGAGGAGGGUGAGAGUGGCUGUACAGUUCCAGCACUGAAGCUGAAAUAGGUUGCACAGUAAAACUACGUGGCCACUCCUUACAGCCAGCACAGCUUACAAGGUACAGUGGGACAGAGAACACAUCACCAUUAAAAAGGUCACAUUUUCUUCCUGCUAUGCACUGCUCUGAAAACAAAACUGCUGGAGAACAAGGGUUUUGUCAGCUCAUUCCGAUGAAAGCUUUUAUAGCUCUCUAGGCAGCUGGAGUACAUAAAACUGCACCAGAUCCUGUGCUGCCAGAAACCCAAGACCACUUAACUAUAGCCAAGCCUAGGAAGAGGGCACCAAAUGUUUGUCCUACCUUUAUCUCAUCCAAUGGAACACUUGCCCAAAGAAAUGGCACCUUAGCUUCAGAAUAUAGCUAGAGCCCAGGCAAUACUUCACAACACUAUAAAGAAUCAGGUUAGCUUACCAGAGCACCAGUGGGAGUCUUGCCCCUGUGAAACUUGGAUUUAUUUACAAGAGGUUCUUUAAAGCUGACUGUGGCACUGGCUGCGCCUAUCAGGUUAACAUGGGAAAGUAAAGCAGGGGAGCUGCAAGUACAAAACCUCAAGCUGGUACAGGAAAUAAAACACAAGUAUAGUUUUCCUUGGGGGGGGAGGAAAACAGGUUUAUUGUAUACUGUGAAUUUGAAGGACAGCUUUACCAAAAAACCUUAGUGACUAUAGCAUAUAAGAAACUAUUUACACAAAGGCAGUGAAAUGGGUAAAAAAUUAUUUCGGUCAGUUAAUGCUGAAUAGAACUUUAUAAAAAAGAGAAAGAAAAGAAACAGUGCAAAAAUACUGUCAAAAGUAAUCAGUUCUAUACACAAGAUAAAACUGACAAGCAUAAGCUUAUGUACUGAUAUGAAUAAUACAUUAGAAUAUAAAAUAGCAUGCAUAGAUUUCAUUUUUUAAAGGCUUUCAAUAGCAUAAGGUAGUUCUGCCAUUCAGCCCUAACAGGAAGGAGUGAGAGGCAGGAACUGAUGUCUUGUUUCCCCAAAAAUGUGUACGUACACUGAGGUGGUGAGAUUCAGAUCACUGUUUUGUGCUAAACUGGCAUGUACAGAAUUACAGAACAAAUACAACAGGAAGCAUCAAAAUACUGAAUUAAAACAGGACAGUAAAAUCCAGUGACGUAAAACUUACUUAAACAUCUUAUUUCAUUUAACACAUCCCACACAGUUAUAUAUGGGAAUAUUACAGUCAUCUGCAUAUGUAAACUUUUUCCUUUGUAAAAUAGCCAAAAAGAGGUACUUUGCUCCAUAUGGAGGACAUGUUUUCCUCUUCAGUAAUCUCAACAGGAUAAACAGCUGAUUAACAAUGUUUCUGGCACUAAAGAUUUAUAUUCUUUUCAAGACUGAGUAGCAGCAAGAAAAUACUUUAACAUACACAGGAAAGGAAGUUCUUACAAACCUAAUGUAUAAUGAACUCGUGGAACUUAACCAACGUAGGAUGUUGUGAAGGCCAGAGGAAUAAAUGGUUUCUGAAGAAAAGGUGAUGUGACUCAGGGAAGAUGGAUCCAUCAGCAGUUACUGAACGCAGCAAGUGGGAUCUAACGUUUGCCUCAAGAAGCCCCAAAAGGGCUGGUUGCCAGAUGUGCUAGAGGCUGAGCACCCUCUUCUAGAUGCUUUCAUGUUUCUUCUUUGUCAACUACCAGCCACUGCCCAAGACAGGCUCUGACCUCCAAUCUGCCAUGGAACUAGUCUGAGAGAAGCCUUCCUUUUUUAUGCCUGCUUGCCUGCUUGCCUGCCUGCCCCUGAGAUGUCAGAAGCUGCGUGUCCAAAACACUUGAGUCUGUACCAAAGCGAUUUGCAAGAAUAAAACUAUUAAGCACUACGUUCAUUUUAGGGAUCAGCUGAAGUAUUAAUCUUUCCUGCACUGGGAUUCCUCAGUGAAAGCUGCUAGUUAAGAUCUGACUCCCAGAUCACCCUCCAAAAGCAAAGUACCUGCUGCUGUUGCAUGUGGGAAGCUCUCAGUGAGGGUGCAGAUAAAGGACAAGAAACAAAACUUCAAAGAAACGCCAGCCAAACAAUGGCAGAGAGGAACCAACACAACUGUAAUCUAAGAUACUCUACAAACACAACAUUGAUUUACUUUAAAUGGAUAAACACUGGUGGUUUUGACCUGUGUGCAAUGUUUUGUUUCACACUCUAACAAUAGUUUUAUCUAUGGUUAAGGAUUAAUCUUCUGUUCUUUGUCCAACAGCCCCAGCAGCUGGCUGAUCCCUUCCUCAGAUCACAGUCCCUGCAAGCUAAGGCUGCAUGUAUAAUGUCUGCUUCUUUAAAGACUGGGAUGGCAUCUGUAGCUCCUAGAAGCAGCAAACAACUCUCUAGGAGGCUAAGAACAAAUGGGGGACAACUGCCUUUGGCGUUUUGAAUUUGCAGCCUUUCUUAUGUUGGCAUCAAACCUCAUCCCCAAACUCUGCAUUAGCAGAUUUACAUGCAUUUUUGUAGCAGGGAGGCCAAAUCAUAUUGUCAUGCAGUGCUUCCCUUUCAAGGCCAAUUCUGGUAUUUGCUCUUUGGAUACGAUGCAUCCAAUACGCUGGUGCAUCCUAUAUCCCGUGCAGCAGGUACCUCUGCAACUCUAUGGCUGUACAGCAUUCUUUUCCACAAAGAACAGCAGCAAAAUUGACCUCUCAGUGAUGCAUGAGCUGCUACAGCAAAUACCAGCUGUAGAGAUGCUUCCACUUUCUGAAUAUACAGUUCACAAAUCAUUUGCAAGCCUGACAACAGCUAAUAUAGUCAUCAUCUCCUCCCAGGAGACUGGUGGGAAGCCAGCUGUUGAGAAUGCAGCCUGGUCAGUAGCUGCUGAGUUUUCCCCAUAGGCUUCUGUGUUACAUGGGAGUACGAGAUUGCCCAUCAGCAUUUAGAGUUGCUUGUGGAUUACACAGACAGAGCAGCUGUUGGAUCAAAGAAUAAACUGUUCGUUUAAAAUGACCAUCUCUCUUGAAGCGUAAGACUUUUCCAGCCUAUGUUUUGCCAUUUGCAGUCUUGUCUGUUUACAAAAA